AUGAAUGGACCCCAUAUUGACCAAUCUCCCAACUGUACAGUGAGCAAUUCAUCUGUUCUUCAACAACAGCACAAUAUUUCAUUAUCCAUCUCAUGUAAGGCUGUUGAGUUCUUAAAAGGCCCGCUGGUCACCCGCUUCAUGCCGUCCUUCUACAUCAUCAUCAUCCUCAUCAGUUUGCCUCUGAACACUUUGGCUUUGGUGACGUUCACCUGCAGGAUCAGAGAAAAGAAACCAGCUGUGAUCUACAUGUCUCACCUGGCGUGUGUGGAUCUGCUCUUCGCCCUGCUGCUGCCUCUGAAGAUCCACUACCAGCUGAACGCUUCUGAUUGGCUGUUUGGUGAGGCGGCGUGUCGUGUGCUCACUGCAGCUUAUUACUGCUACAUGUACUGCUCCAUACUGCUGAUGAUGUGCAUGAGUGUGGACAGACUGCUGGGUGUUGCACUUCCCGUUGCUUCGUUAACCUGGAGGAGCACAAGGAAAGCCUCAUGCGUGUGUGUGCUGGUCUGGCUGCUGGCGCUCGCUGGUACUGUGCCACUGCUCUCAAUGAGACAAACCUUUCCCGUUAAAAAUGUGGGCAUGACCUGUCAUGACGCACUGCAGCAAGGCUCAACAGAACAUUUUUACCUGUACCUCUUCUUCAUCCUCUCCUGCCUGUAUUUCUUUGUGCCGCUGGUCAUCACUUUAGUGAGCUACUCCACCAUCAUAUAUGUGCUCAGUGUAAAGUCCGACCGCAUUUCUUCAUCUUCAUCCAACAGAAACAAAGCUGUGAUCAUGACUGUUUCUGUGCUGAUUGAGUUUUUGGUGUGUUUUGGUCCAACCAACGGCAUCUUGUUGUAUCACUGUAUUCGUUUAGCUACUGGAAAAGACAGUGAAGGAGAUUCAUCAUAUGCUUCAUACAUGUUGGCUGUGUGUUUGGGGAGCGCAAGUGUUUUUCUGGACCCUCUUCUGUACUAUUAUGGUUCAUCUCAUUACAGACAGAUAAUCAAGUCUGUGCUGAGAAAAGCAAAAGAAAAAACACCUCCAUGUAACACACCUGAUACUAAAGCUAGAUGCCAGGCAUGUCUGAGCAGGCAUUCAUCCGGCACUGGCAUACAUCAUGGUCUGGGUUUGGCAGAGGUGGCACCUCUGGAUACACAAGACAUGGGCCAGAUGUCAAAUAUAUGGAAAAUAUGUUUCGUCAUUCUCCAGACCUCAAAUGGACAAAAUGUGUAUUACCCGAAGAAUGCCAAGACAGACCCAUUGAGGACUGAGGAGGACAUCGGUGAAUCUCCGUAA